AUGGGCACUGAUGAAGAUAAGAAACCUGUGGCUCCGAGACAAGUCCAGGAUGUUACAGAGAUCGACAUAGGGUGCAAAUGCUGGGUAGAAAAGGAUGGGGCAGAGCGACUAGCGGAAAUUUUGAGCAUAAACAACCGUAAAAGUCCUCCAAAGUUUUACGUGCAUUACGAGGACUUCAAUAAGCGUUUAGACGAGUGGAUAUUGGCCCCGCGGAUCAAUGUGAAAAAAGAUGUCCUUUUCCCAGUCUCAGAAAACGACAAUGAUGCCGAUACGGACAAAACGAACAAGAAAAAACAGAAACUGAAAAAGAGUUCCGAACCGCCCGAUAAUGAUGAAAAGACAGUGUCUGAAUCACAGGCGCAAGAUGGUGGAGAUAUCAUGGAUUUGGACCAUUUGAAUGUGCAAGGAAUAAAGGACGAGGAAAUUUCUAGAGACGACGAGAUCAAAAAAUUACGAACUUCAGGCUCGAUGGUGCAGAAUUCACACGAGGUGGCCAGAGUACGAAAUUUGAGUAGAAUCAUAAUGGGGAAAUAUGAAAUAGAACCUUGGUAUUUCUCUCCGUACCCUAUAGAACUCACGGACGAAGAAGUGGUAUAUAUUGAUGCGUUUACGCUUCAGUAUUUUGGCUCCAAAAAGCAGUAUCAACGCUAUAGAUCUAAAUGCACACUGCGACAUCCCCCAGGUAAUGAAAUUUAUCGUGAUGAUUAUGUGUCGUUUUACGAGAUUGACGGAAGGAAACAGAGAACCUGGUGCAGAAAUCUCUGUCUUUUCUCAAAGCUAUUCCUGGACCAUAAAACCCUCUAUUACGAUGUUGACCCUUUCUUGUUUUACUGCAUGACAAGAAGAGAUGAGUUGGGUCAUCAUUUGGUAGGGUAUUUCUCUAAGGAGAAGGAAUCUAGUGAAAACUACAAUGUUGCAUGCAUUCUCACUCUUCCUCAAUAUCAAAGAAUGGGCUACGGCCGACUUCUGAUAGAGUUUUCAUACGAGCUUUCUAAGAAAGAGGGUAAGGCUGGAUCUCCAGAAAAGCCUUUGUCGGAUCUGGGACUUCUUUCCUAUAGAGCUUAUUGGGCCGAUACUCUAAUUAAGUUGCUAAUGAAUCAAGUAUCCGAGAUCACCAUCGAUGAAAUUUGCUCACUCACGUCCAUGACCACCACAGACAUUCUGCAUACGGCUAAAGCCCUCAACAUCCUUCAGUAUUACAAGGGCCAGCAUAUCAUAUACAUGAAUGAAGAUGUAGCUCAGCGGUAUGAAAAGAUCAAAGAGAAGAAGGGCCGACGCAACAUUGACCCAGCGAAAUUGAUCUGGAAGCCACCAGUAUUCACUGCUUCCCAGUUGAGGUUUGCAUGGUAA